AUGUCUCUCAAACAACUCAUUCACUUCACAAACGACGCUGGAGCGUUAGAAAAGAUCCUCCGCCUCCUACAAUCCAUCUCUCAAGUCCUCGCAGUCUAUCCCCUCACCUCCGAAGACGCAAAAACGUGGCUUCUCCUAAGACGACAAUUUGCUCUUGGACGGCGAUAUAUCCGGUUCUUUAGAUGGAUGGAUUGUCUUUCGAAGACUUAUGUGGCGUUUGGAGAGGAAACGGGAUGGGUUGCUGUGUUGGGCGUCGGGAAGUGGAGUUGUAUGGGGGCGUUUUUGUUUUUGGAGAGUGUGACGAUUCUAGAUGUUAUGGGUGUUUGGGAGACGGAAUGGACGAAGUGGUGCUUAGUUGAGGCGAAUAGGUUUUGGUUUUAUGCUUUGGUGUUCUCUUUGCUUUGGGGGAUUGUGCAGCUUUUUGCUUUGAACGCUAUCGGGAAGGAAGUCGAGCUGAAAGAGAAAGGAGAUGACGAGUCCUCUUCUGAUGAAGCUAUAGAAGCUCGGAGAAAAACUGAACUUGAAAAGAAGCAUAAGAGAGCUGGCAUCACGAGAAGAUUAGUGGUAGAUGGACUUGAUUUGCUCAUCCCGGGACACGUUGUAGGUUGGAUUGUCACAUCUGCAGCUGUCACUGGGGUUGCUGGUUCGAUAAGCACUGUGCUUUCGAUGAAAGAUGUAUGGGAUAAAUUAAUAUGA